AUGUCCGCGGACGCUGACUUUGUUAAAUGGUUGAGUGAGAAACUUCGCAAUCUUAAUGUGGACGAGAGCGUUUUCGGAUCGUACAUAACAGGAAUCCUUGAAGGAGAUGAAACGUCCGAGGAAAAAGUUGAGGCGCUCGAAGGCAUCUUGGGUGCAAUGAUUGAAGACGACCUAAACAAUGUAGUGCAGGAGAUAAUUGGCAAAUGGGAUGCGUGUCAGCCGAAGAAGGAAGAAGUGAGCGCCAAGAAGGUUGGAGAGGAUGUUGAUGCUCAACUAGCUCGCAUGCUGGAGUCCCAGAAGAUUCAAACCACCGCCCCUCGACAGUACACAGCUGAGGAGAUGAGGAUCAGGGAACAGAUUUUGGCGCAAUACAGUCAAACCUCCGUCAGUGACGGUGAAGAAGGUGACGAACCCUCCGACGAGGAAGCCCAACUUGGCUUAGUGAAAAAUACAAAUGUUCACGAUGUACAGCAGGCGCAAAAAGAGCGUCGUGAACAAGCAAAACUGGACAGUCAAAAGAAAAAGGAGAAAGAUAAAGAGGACCGAGAACGUCAAAAACAACAGCGCGAAGAGAAAAAGGAGAAACGUAAAACUGUGAAAGGUGAACGCCGUCGGUAGCGAGGCAUCGAUUGCUCUUUAAUGUUCCUUUUUUUCUUCUGGAAAUGUUUCAAUGGACAUUUAAUUUUCUACUAAAAUAUUUCCUUAAAGAGUCGACGGCGUUAAUGAUAAUGAUGAAUGGUUUCAAGAAAACCAGAUAUGGAUAUAUAUAUACAUAUAUAUUUAAAAGCAAAUGCUGUGUGUUGCCCGAUUUUCUCGUGUACAACUUGUUUUAAUUUCUCAAUUUCUAGUUUAUGUAAUAAAACAAUGAAAGAUGUGCAAAUGCA